UGGAACUGCACCCCAGCAAUGAGAACCCGUACCUCCACCGCCCCCCCUCUGCACCCCCUAAGCAGCCCAGAGGGGAGGAGAGCACCCCUCUCCUGCUCCAGACGCCCCCUGCAUCCUUCAACCUGGACCCAGAGAAAGGAGCUCCUAAGCUGGGUAGUCUGAGGACAAAGGUGGAGUCUCCCCUGGAGGAUGAGGACUCUAGCUGGACCACCCUGUCCCAGGAGAGCCCCUCCCCUCAGACCCCACAGGAGAUAGAUGUGUGGGGUGAGGGGGACCUUCCCCCAGGCUGGCGUGAGGUCACAGACCAAUCAGAGGUCUAUUUCUGGCAUGUCCCCACUGGCACCACCCAGUACGACCGCCCUGUCGCCACGACACACCUUGACCCACACCCUGGCUCACAGCAGGGCGACACAGUCACACUGAGACCGCCCAGCGAGCGACCUAGCAGUUUGGUAUCAGACAGUUCAUUGGAGCCUGUGCCCUCUCCCUCCGGCUCCUCUCCCUCCUCCUCCUCCCCUCCCUCUGAUCUCCCUCUGCCUGACAGAGGCUUUGACAACACCAGCUACACUGCCAGUGAGCUGAAGGACUACCCCGUGUAUCCUGACCCCAGCCUGAAAGCUUUUGAAGGAGCUACUCUUCGUUACGCCUCACUGAGACUGCACCCUGCCCAGUUAGAGACAGUGGACCUCAACAGUGCCUACAUUGAUCCAGAGGGACAGUCCUUCCCGGUGCGUUCUCUGGGCUGGGUGGAGAUGGCAGAGAGAGAUCUGACAGAGGGAAGGAGCAGUGUGGCAGUCCAUCACUGUAUCAGACAACUGUCCUACUGUAGGAGGGACAUACAAGACUCCGCUGGGGUCUGGGGAGAGGGUAAGGACAUGCUGCUGGUGCUGCAGGACCGGGAUCUGACCCUGGUUAACCCUGACGACCACAGCCUGCUCCACUCUCAGCCAAUCAGCAGUAUACGUGUGUGGGGCGUUGGCCGAGACCACGACAGAGAAAGGGACUUUGCCUAUGUGGCGAGAGACAAAACCACGCGGGUGUUGAAAUGCCAUGUGUUUCGAUGUGAUACCCCUGCAGAAGCCAUAGCAACGAGUCUCCACGAAAUCUGUUCCAAGAUUAUGGCUGAGAGGAAGAGUGCCAAAGCUGCUGCUGGCAGCUCAUCCCAAACAGGCUCUGAUGUUCCUCUCCAGGAGUUUCCCAUGCCAAAGACUGAGCUGGUGCAGAAGUUCCAUGUGCACUACCUGGGGAUGACGUCCGUGUCUCGCCCCAUAGGUAUGGACAUUAUCAACGGGGCUAUAGAGAGCCUGGUGUCCUCCACAGGGAAAGAGGACUGGACCUCUGUUACUCUGAGUGUAGCGGACGCCACUGUGGCUGUUAUCAAGGAGAAGGAAGAGGAGGAGGAGAUACUGGUGGAGUGCCGCGUGCGAUUCCUGUCCUUUAUGGGCGUGGGCCGGGACAUCCACACUUUCGCCUUCGUCAUGGACUCUGGGAACCAGCACUUCCAGUGCCACGUGUUCUGGUGUGACCCCAACGCUGGCAGCGUGUCUGAGGCCGUGCAGGCAGCAUGUGUGCUACGGUACCAGAAGUGUCUGGUGGCCCGCCCGCCCUCCCAGAGAGCUGGCUCCUCCUCCCCGCCACCCGACUCGGUGACACGCCGGGUGACUACCAGCGUCAAGCGUGGAGUCCAGUCUCUCAUAGACACUCUGAAAACAAAGAAACCACCCUCAGAACUGCCCCAGCAAUGACGGACAGCUCGCUGACCACACCCCCAACCCCCUGGCUCUGUCACUCACACUAUCGCCACAACUACGACCUACAAACACGCCUAUCCAAUACCAGCAAUGGUAACCAACAAUGUACAUACAUGUUAACUUAUUACCACUGGGCAGACCAAAGGACGAAUCGGGCUGGAUAGUGACAUCUGCUCAAAAUAAUAAAAAGUGAAAUAAUCUGCAGAAGAAGAAGAGGAGGAGGAAGUCCAAGCUUCAGCAUGAUGAGGUGCUGGUGAUUUGUGUCUCCAUUGGAACUUUCCAUUGACCUUUGAACUCUGCCGUGUCAUAGCAAAACUGUCCCACUUUAGCCCGUCCACUCCUGUCUUCACCUGGCAUCACCCCAGUCUUGUGGAGUAUUAUAACUACUGAGCUCUAUGGAGUAUUAGACUACUACUGAAUAACACUAGACAUACCUGAGAAAAAGAACCAAUCCCCAUUGAGUGCUGGCUUAGUUGCAUCAGGAGGUCCAUUGACCUCCUUUAUCUUCCCCGUUUUCUACUUGUUGGGCCCAGAAUGGGACACACACACACACACACACGUGUCUCUUUAAGACGUCUGUCUCGUUGACGUGGAAACGGGACAUGCUUAUGGGGAAAGCCAACCAUCAUGGACAAGGCCACUGACCAAUCAGCACCAUCCAGUUGCUCUACCCGACCUAGUAACCUUUGACCCCCAGACUGCAACAGAGACGUGUCAUGUGAUGGACUAUACAGGCAUGAUGUAAUAACAUAGACAAGAAGUAAACAGAACAUGGGAACCAAUGUAUUCCAUUCCCUGGCUAGGAGUUCCAUCUGGCUCACAAAACAGACUGAACCAAUGUCUCACUUGAGGAGGGGUGCGCGAUUGUACUAUAAUUACCCCUCUGAUUGUAAAGUAAUGAUUGUAUCCCUGGUUGGAGAGGAGAUGUUAGAGAUGAGGAGGAAUGGGUUGGUGAUGGUGCUGCAUGUGUCUGUAAUCUGAAUGUGAGGAGAUGGAUAGAUCGUUAUGGGGGAGAGAGGUUACUGAGGAGGGUGUCAAUAUGGACAUAGAUGCUCUGCACAAAAGCCCAACCCCACCAGACUACACACACACACACACGCACACGCACACGCACGCACACACACACAAACACACACACACACACACACACACACACCUAUUUGACCCAGGGACCUCUCUCCACUCUAACUCAACUCUGUGAAUGCAAUAUGCAAUCCAAUCCAACAUUUAAAAAAAAUCUAGAUGUGAAAAUACUGUGAUUCAUGUGCUCUGUUCUUCACUCAUCUCUACACCAUGUAAAUGUAAUCUGUUGUGAAAAUAAAUGCAUUACCAAAAAAGG